AUGUCAAGAAAACCCGAAGAUAUUAUUCCAAUAAUUGAUAAUCAUGUUCUAUUUCGUUUGAUUUCUCUUAUUGAAAUGAUUUGUUCGGAUACAAAUACAUUUUCAACUGAACAACUAAAACAAUUACUUGAUAAAUUUCUUCAUCAAUCAACAAUUGUUCGUCCCUUAUCAAAUGCUGAUCAACAACGUUUAACAUCGCCAUUAAUGAAUAAUGAUGAAUUAUAUGAUUUCUUAACUCAAACAAUUAUAAAUAUAUUUGAAAAUCGACAAAAAUAUUCCAAUAAAAAAUGUCAAGAAUUAAAAAAUCUUCUUGACAAAAAAAUUUUAGGAAGAAAACGUUAUCGAUUAAUUAAUGAAGUAUAUGAAAAAUUUCGUUUAAAUAAAAAGAAUCUUCCAAUAAUUAAUCGAAAUAUUCUCAAUCAAUUAUUAAAUAAUAUUCUUUUACAAGAUUAUCAGGCUCAUGUAGAAUUUCUUACUUUAUUAGAAGAAAUUUCUCAAAUAAUCGAUUUCAAAGAAAUAACAAUUGAAUUUGAAAUUAAUCGUUGUCUUUUAUCAACAAUAAUACCUGUUAUGAUCAAUACUGAUUAUUUAAAUUUACCAAAUUUUCUUUGUUUUCAUGAACGUUUAAAGACUCUUGUAGAACAACAAACAAAUUUUUUUUCAUUACUUCUUAGUGAACAACAAUAUAAACUUAUUCAAUCUCGUUUAACAUCAAAAUCAAAUAUUAAUGAAUUAAUUAAUUUAAUAAAAACAAAUUUAAAUGAAGAAAAUUUUUUAGAUUUAAUUCAUUUUAUUCAAAAUGAUUUAAAUGAUAAAAAUGAUUUUGAAAAAUUAAUUCAUUUUAUACUUUAUACAUUUGAUAAUGAAUUUUUAUCAAUUGAACAAACACUUGAAAUAUCAAAUUUAAUUUUUCAACAUACAAAAUUAAAUAAUAAAACAUAUAAAAAUCUUCUUCAAUUUCUUAUUGAUUUACUUCAACUUCAUAUUCGUUCAUCACCAAAAUUUUUUUUAAAUUUAAUUGAAAAUAAUCAAGAAAAUAAUCAAAUAAUUGAUCAAAUAAUAAUUAUAUUAAAAAUUCAACAUGGAAAAUAUGCUACUGCAGAUUGGAAAAAAACAAUGAUUAAUUUAUUAAAAAUUCUUUUUGAUCGACAAGAUAAUUAUGAACAAUUAAAAGAUAUUGCUCAACAAUCACCAAUGUUUCAACAGAUUAUAUUUAAACAACAAUUAGAAUCUUGUUUGAAAAAAACAUUAGAUAAUCAAUCUAAUGAAAAUAAACAAUCUUCUGCUAUUCCGAAAGAUAAUAAUAAAAAUGAUCAUUCUACUGCACAUCGCGAAAUGUUUCGUUAUUUGGAAUCAGAUGAUGGAUCAAAGAAUGUUUAUGUAGUACAACAAUUACGUGCAUGUCUUCUUAAUGAACAACUUUCAUCGGAAAUUUUACUUUCAAAAUUUAUACAAGCUCUUCAAAUUAUAUUUAAAAAUUCUCUAAAAUCUACUGAAGUAUCACUUGAUGAAUGGGAAACAUUAAUUGCUAAGAAUCGUGGAAAGAUUUUUGCAAAUGAUGCUCAAUGUGAUCAAUUAUUGAUGGACAUACUUUUAGUUCGUUUUAAUAUGCCAAUAGAUACAUUAAAUUCAUUGAAUCAUUUGAUUCAAUCAAAGAAAGCUCAUGAAAGACAUAAUGGUCUUAAUAAAUUAAUUUUACUUUUGAAAAAUACACAAAUAAAUAAUGAAAAAAGUAAAAUAAAAAAUUUACCAACAAUAUCAAAUCAAUUGUAUAAUGUAAUAACUCGAAUUUUAUUUGAUCAAAAAUUUAAUGAUCAUCAAGUACGACAAUGUGUAACAGCAACAAAAAAUUCUUGGUUAUUAAAUAGUGAUCAUCGAGAAAAACUGUAUAAUAUUUAG